GUUGACGCCAUUCUUGUGGAAAUCUUCGAUCUUCCCGGUCCUGUAGAGUCGCCAUCUUAAUCGAACGUAGGUAUUUUACUCAUGGAGGAAACUCGUAGUACUGAUGGGGAUAUGAAAUCUGAAGUAAAGCCGGAAAGAAAGAUGUCUGGCUCUGGUGAUCAUGACGACGAGGCUUAUGUUGUUAAACUGCGUGGCUUGCCUUGGUCGACUACGGUCGACGAAAUUUUACAAUUUUUCAAUGAUUGUCGUAUCAAAGACGGCAAGCUUGGAAUACACAUGACAAUGUCCAGGGAAGGGCGCCCGAGUGGUGAGGCAUAUGUGGAGAUGGAAAGUGAUGAGGACAUAGAGAAGGCUUGCAAAAAGGACAGAGAUCACAUUGGACACAGAUAUAUAGAAGUGUUUAAAGUUAAGCGGUCAGAGAUGGAGUGGGUUGUAAAACGCAGUGGACUAAAUUUGGAAAAUGCUAUGGAUGAUGGUUGUGUUAGACUUCGUGGCCUACCAUUUGGCUGCUCUAAGGAGGAAAUAGCUCAAUUUUUCUCAGGGUUGGAGAUAGUACCCAACGGGAUAUCCCUACCGACUGACUUCACGGGAAGGAGUACUGGGGAGGCUUACGUACAGUUUGUUAACAAAGAAGUGGCAGAGAAAGCUCUGCAGAAACACAAGGAUAAAAUAGGACACAGGUACAUAGAAAUAUUCCGCAGCAGCCUUUCUGAAGUGCGUGCCGCUAUUGGCCCAAAAAUGCGUCCUUUAGGACCAGGAGGUUUCAACCAGCGUCCAGCUCCUUACGAUCGUGGUGAUAGAUUUGGUGGCAUAAAUCGCUAUAAUAAUAUGGGUAGAGGAUCUCGGAGUUUCAAAGGUGGUUUUGGUGACUUCGAUGAUGGUCCAAGUCCAUGGGGCAUGAAUUCAUCAUGGGGUGGGAGUGGAGGACCUGGAAUGAGAGGUAACAUGGGUGGUCGUGGUAGCAGUAGCUUCAACAUGAGUAUGAAUUCAGGUGGAUUUGGCAACAUGGGUAUGGGACGUGGAGGACGUUCUGGUGGAGGUGGAAACUGGAAUGGUGGUGGAGGUGGUGGUGGCCACUGUAUACACAUGAGAGGUCUGCCAUUCCGUGCAACACAGGCUGAUAUUGCUGAUUUUUUCAGGCCAGUUGUACCAGUCAAUAUUAGGCUCCUAUACGACAACAGUGGCCGUGCGUCAGGAGAAGCAGAUGUUGAAUUUGCAACACAUGAUGAAGCAUUAAAAGCAAUGUCAAAGGACAAAGGACACAUGCAACAUCGUUACAUUGAACUGUUCCUGAAUUCUUCACCUGGUGGUUCUGGAGGUAUGGGAGGAGGCAACUUUGGAAUGGGAGGAGGUGGAUUUGGCGGCGGCGGAUUUGGCGGAGGUGGUGGUGGCGGAGGUGGUGGUGGAGGAUUUGGAGGAGGCAGAUCAAAGUUUCGUUUUUAAAUACUUUCCACUUCUAUUACAUUGGUUCUCAAUGGAGAAUUUCUCAGUUUCACAUGUUGUGAGAGACUUUAAGGUCAGACACUUCUUUCUGUUAUUGCUACUGUUUUGAGUCAAUGUUCUCUUCAGUGCACUUUGAAGUUUAGUCCACUUUAGUUGUGGUUGAAUUAGUUUGUGCUGUAUAAGUUUAGCUGUAAGCCAGUAAAAUUAGUGGUGCAACACUAGUGUUUGUUACUUUGGCACAAAGUUUGGUACUACACGCAACACAAAUUGUUAAAUUGUACAUUCCAUCUGUAAAACAGCCAUAAAUUGAAGUCUGUUAACUGUAAUGUCUUCAGUGUACUGAGACUGAAUGGUCAGUAGUAGAUACUGUGGAUGUGUAUUAGGGAAUCUGAAAAUUGAUGUUUGUGUAGUUAUUGUUAAUUACUUCACUCGUAACACACAGUGAGAAAGUAGAUAAGCAAGGAAUUGGAGGCUGGUAAUGAUUUACAUUGUAUGUGGCACGAUACCUACUAUUGUAGCCAUUGACAUUCAGUAGAUCAGACAGGUUGGGUGAGUAUUUCAAACUGGAUCAUAACUACUUCAGAAGUGGCGAAGGCUAUGGAAAAAAGAUUAAAUAGCAACUUCACAUGUACUGAAGAUACAAUAAAGACUGUUAAAGAUUUUUAUUUUGUUCAUUGACAUUUUUAUUGCUGUAAUAUUGAGUAGCAAACAUUAAAUGUAAUUGGCAUAUUUACACAAAAUUGUACUCAUUUCUGGCUUUGUUUCCAAUUCUUGGAAACUUUGACUUUAGGCAGGAAGUACCUGAUGAAUUAAGUUCAAAAUAAGUGAUCAGUGAAUUUUAUGCAUAAUGUCAAUGUAUGUUCAGUUUAGAGUGGAAUGCAUGAGACAGUAUACUGUGAACUAAAUUCUGGUACUCAUUAGCAAAAUUAUUGGUACACUUGUAGAAAAUAACAGUUUGUGAUAAAAUCAUAAUUAGCUAGCUUUAGUAAAAUUAGGAGCUUAAGUAUAAUUUAGGUUAUGUUUUAGUGAAAGUGAAGAAAGGCUUUUAAAACAAGCACUUUUAAUAAGACAUAUGCUUUACUUGUUUCAAAGCAUUGAGAAUUUGUAAUUAGUUUGUUACUUGAAGAAACCUCUCGGAUAAUUAUUCAGGCCAGGAGAAAAUUAUCGAAGUCUAAUGUUUAUUGAUUGAACGAAUGAACAAACUUGUACAACAGUUUCAUUUCAAUAAAAUAAAUUUUGUAUUUUUUUUA